AUGCCUACCGCUACGGAAUUCUUUGGCAUUACAGCCCAGAACCUUGGUCCGCUCACGACUACCUAUACCGCUCCGUCAUCAUGCGCGACCAAUCUAAAUCAUCCUGUCUUCGUUGACGCGACUUCACAUCAUGUUGUUGUGGCUGUUCCCAGUUGUAGUUGGCCUACCUACGGUGAUUGUAUUCCCAGUGCCAAAGGAUGGGAAUUAACAGAUCAGCAAACCACUACCUUUUACCAGGGCACUUCGGUCUUUUACUCGCCAGGUCUUGCUUGUCCCUACGAUUGGAAGACUGUUGGACUAUUGGCCCAUACUGAGAGUGGGAAGUUCAGCGCAUCUGGUGCACUGACGUCAACAACAUCAGGGGUUGAUGGGUUUCCAGAACUUAUUCACCCUACCGAAUACUGGAAGAAUAUGCUGGAUGAGUCGGAGACUCUUGCAUACUGCUGCCCUAGUCGCAGCGGAUUUUCAGGGAACGUAUACGGAGACUGUGUAUCUACACUUGGCCCAGUCAGCUCUUACACAUACUCCGAGUAUUGUCAGGUAUACGGUAAUGGUGGUGGGCGAUUGACGAUCAUCUCAUCCGUGGAUGGAUUGACAAAUACAGAAGGCGUAUUUUCAAUCAUGAAGCCUACUCAAACCUGGGAAGCGACCUCCACGUUCACGGGUGACUUGGAAGAACUCCAGGAAAAGACUGGAUAUGGUUUUAGUGAUAUCGCGGUUGCGUCUUGGAUACCUGCCAUCCCUUUGGUGUACAAGAAGUCGGAUAUGGAUAAAAAGGGAGACAGCGAUGAUAGCGAGAAUGGAACUGCGACUGCCACUGGAGGGAGUGAUGAGAGCGCUGCUUCUACUAUUCCGGGGCAAAGUGCGAUUAGUGUGAUUGGGUUGGCAUUAGGACUCCUGGCGCAUAUACUCUUGUCUUAA